AUGUUUUUUUUUUGUAACAAAAAUCUAUUAAAAUGUAUGAGAAGAAGCUUUAUAACUUUAAAUGGUGUUCUAUAUGCUAAAAGGACGUGGCAAACCAAUAUGAAAAGGAAAACUUACAGAUCAAAGAAAAGAAAAAAAUAUAUAAGAUUA